GAUCGAACUCGAACAAUAGUGUAUAUAUAGGAAUAUUUAGUACAUCUUGUAAGGAAAAGAGGGAUAGAUGAGACUGAUGCAAACGUUGAAAAGUUGCGCGUAUAGUCUGGCGCUUUAGUCGCUUCGCUAAUUGUGAAUUUAGAUACUAGAGAUAAGUGCGGUUCUGCCAGGUUCUACUGAUGUCGCAACAAUUCAAUCUAACCUCCGAAAAAAACUAACAGCGUCCUACUGAAGUAACUGUCAGUUCACGGUACGUCAUCGUAAAGCGAUUCUACUAAGGUUAUUUCGUGUAUUCCUGAUUUUUGUUAGUUCGUUAGCCGAUGAAGCAAAUCUACAUCUAUGACACAUGGCUAGUAAAUCGUUACUAGAUGGUAAAUUAUAAAAAUUUGAACACGUCGAAAAUAAGGAUAAGAAUAGUGUCUUAAUUCGAAGAAUUUGAACGGUAUUCGCCACGGCUUUCACAGACAUGGUUGGAUUGGCGGGCGGGGGAGGUCAUCUGUAUCCCUCGCCCCCAAUGCAACCUAAUCCAGAAUUGAGAGAAAUGACUGGAAUCGCUCCUAGUGCACCGACUAGCGCUGAUGCCUGUUUAAGUAUAGUACAUUCUCUCAUGUGUCAUCGUCAAGGUGGUGAAAGUGAAGGAUUUAGUAAAAGAGCCAUCGAGUCUUUGGUUAAAAAACUUAAAGAGAAAAGAGAUGAAUUAGAUAGCUUAAUAACCGCUAUUACUACAAAUGGAGCUCAUCCUAGUAAAUGUGUUACAAUACAGAGAACUCUGGAUGGUAGGCUACAAGUUGCUGGUCGUAAAGGAUUUCCACAUGUUAUUUAUGCACGAAUUUGGAGAUGGCCAGAUUUACACAAGAAUGAAUUGAAACAUGUCAAGUACUGCCAAUUUGCUUUUGACUUAAAAUGUGAUUCUGUAUGUGUGAAUCCAUAUCACUAUGAGAGAGUUGUAUCUCCUGGCAUAGACCCGUUCUUUACAGACCUAUCUGGACUGACUCUGCAAUCGGGAGUAGGCGUAGGACCAGGUGGCAGAUUAGUCAAAGAUGAGUAUUCAGUUGGUGGUGGAGGAAGUGCAGCAGCUGGAACAGUAGGAUCUGCAAUGGAUGUUGAUGGAGAAAUGAACCAAACUAUUCAGCAUCAUCCACCUGCUCAACCUACUUCGUCUAGUAAUGCUCAAUCAUCUCAACAGACUUUUAUACCAGGUCUAGCACCGCCUAAUCCAACUAGUGGUGAGGGUGUGUUUGGCAGUAAUGGGGGAGGGAAUAAUGGUGGUAAUCCGCACAGUAAAUUGGAUGACAAUAAUUGCCCCAGACAAACCUGGAUUCCUACACCUCAUCAUCCUACAACACGUAAUAUUCAUCAUCCAGUAGUACAUCCAAUGAGUCACACCGUAGGUAGCCAACAGCAGUCAUUGAGUACAUCUAGUGGAGGCAAUGGGGCACAGAUGCUGAGUCCUUCACAAGGGCAGUCUAGUGAAACAUUUUAUGGAACAAAUACACCUCCUCAAGAUCUUAAUCAACCACCUACUGUUGAUGCAUUAGCAGCAUCUUUAGGCGAAGGUCAAAAUUCUCCUGUAUCGCCUGUACAUCUUCAUCAUCCAAAUGGAUUUCCAGUAGGUACAGCUGCUUAUAAUUCAGGAGCACCACAAUGGACUGGACCCAAUACUCUUACAUAUACUCAAAGCAUGCAACCUCCAGAUCAUAGACAUCUUCAUCCUACUUCCUAUUGGGGCAGCCAUGCAGGUGAAGUAGGUGGAAAUAUCGGUGGUUUACUAUCUACACAACCAGCUCCAGAAUACUGGUGUUCGGUUGGCUACUUUGAAUUAGAUACUCAAGUGGGCGAAACGUUUAAAGUUAGCAGCGGUUGUCCUACCGUAACAGUAGAUGGUUAUGUGGAUCCAAGCGGUGGUAAUAGAUUUUGUUUAGGAGCUCUGAGUAAUGUACACAGAACAGAACAAAGUGAAAAAGCUCGUCUUCAUAUAGGAAAAGGAGUUGUAUUAGAUUUAAGAGGCGAAGGAGAUGUUUGGUUAAGAUGCCAAAGUGAACAUAGUGUCUUUGUACAGUCUUAUUAUCUAGACAGGGAAGCAGGUCGUGCACCCGGUGAUGCUGUGCAUAAAAUUUAUCCUUCUGCAUAUAUUAAGGUCUUCGAUUUGCGGCAAUGCCAUAAACAAAUGAGAGGACAAGCUGCUACUGCACAAGCUGCCGCUGCGGCACAAGCUGCCGCUGUAGCGGGACACCUUACACACGGAGCGCCAAUUACUAAAAGUCUUAGUGCAGCAGCAGGAAUAGGUGUAGAUGAUCUUCGACGACUUUGCAUUUUGCGUUUAAGUUUUGUGAAGGGUUGGGGCCCUGAUUAUCCUCGACAAAGUAUAAAAGAAACUCCAUGCUGGAUAGAGGUGCACUUACAUCGAGCUCUUCAGUUACUAGAUGAAGUUUUGCAUACUAUGCCAAUAGAUGGUCCACGGGGAAUUGAAUAAUUUUAUUCAAUUUUGAAUAAUACAUAUGUUACAAAAAAGACAUCACAUUAUUACAGACUCUGCAUCAGGUGUGCAAAAUACAUACUUGUACAAUACUGUGCAGUAUUAUUAAAGAUUUUGAAAUGAAAUCAGCAAAAUAUUGAUUCAAAUAAAAUAGUAUGCGCUUUCAUUCAGAAAAAAAUGUUUGAGAUUUUUAUUGAAAUUUUUUAUAUAUUUUACACACAUAAUUUUUCGUGUAGAAUAAAAGGUAUAUCACGGCCUUGCAUUACCAUUAACGUACAAACGUUUUGCAAAAGAAAUCUUAUUUUUCAUUAUGAAAAAUUAUUUUUUAAGAAAAUAUAAAUGCAUCUACAUGAAAUGAGGGUAAAAUGAGAGAUUUCUAUUUUAAUAGGCAGUCAUUAUCUUGUUUAAGGGGAUAAAUACAUUUUCUAUGGUAUGGCCUGGUAAGCUCAGUAAAAUGCAUGGAUAAAAAAUGCGUGAUACUUUCGGAAACAUUAAUAGUCAUAAUCUCGUUUUCUGAGAUUAGCUUUGUAAAAUAGCAUAACCGACAUAUAUCUUAUCUAAAGAAUGAUGAUAAAUUUUAAAUUCACUGUUUAUGUCAAAUAUAACACCAAUGGGUUAUAUGCACAGUAGGAAGGUUUUCUAAGAAUGCAAUAUAUUUCAAAGUACUGUCGGAUAACAGCUUUAGUAUAUAGAAAUACUGCGAUAAAUAUUAUAUAAGCCAUUCUAUAAAUCUAUAAUGUCAAAGAAGACAUAGUAUAUAACCAGAAAGAAAUUUAAUGAAAGCUGUUUGCAUAAUGAAAUAUUAAUGGGAGCAAUUAAAUAUUGAGAACAUUGCAUUAGGAAAGCAUAUUUUUAUUAUAUUUGUACUGACAGUAGUUUGAUACUAUGUUGAUAGAAUAACCUUCUAUAUUGUCAUUUAUUUUAUACUUUAUAGCCAAAAAGUAUCACUACAUAAAUAGCUGCAGUUUGAUUUAUGACGUUUUGUGUCUCCUCUUUUUUAUUAUUAUUUUUCCUGUCUGAAUAUAAAUAAAUGCGAUAGUUAGUAUUAUUAUAAUUAUUAGUAUAGUUGUUGGUGGUGAGACAAGAUGAAAAUAUUUAAAACGUGGUACGAGCUAAUUCUUCUAAUCAACCACCAAUGUUACUACUAUUACUAUGUAGUACUUGUUGAAUAAUUAUACUUACUGUUUACCAACCAUUUUAUUAUUCUAUAUUCGUACAAAAUAUUCUUAUAUAUAUAUAUGCUAUAUAUAAGAUGCUAUAUUUGAUAAUAUUACCAUACAGAGAAAACGUUGACCAAAUUUUAUACCUAUCCAUAUAUAUAUAUAUAUGUGCAUGUGUUUGUAUGCGUUUGUAUAUAUAUAUAUAUAUAAGCGCCUAUGUACACAUAUCGACAUUUUAUCUUUUCUUCCUUUAUUCUAGAUAAAGAGAAAAAUUUACCGCUUGUUUUUAUUAAUUGGUGCACAUUAUAGUAUUUUGAAUUUUUGCUUCUUGUUGUAAUUGAGUAGAGAUUGUUUAGCUGUUGUGUUCACGUUAUCGUCCAUAUAUGUAUUUUUUAUGUUAUACUUAAUCAAGAUCAUCCUCAUUGAUACAGAAACGAAUAGAAUUUUGUACAUAUAGGCACAUGUAUGCGCAUUGCGUUGCAAGUAAAAAAUGGGCCAUUCUUGAUUAAGCAAGUAUUGAGUUAUUGCGAGAUGUGUUAUUCAUAUUAUGUGAAGUUACAUGUUACCUUUAUAAUGAAAACAGGUUGAAAGGAGAGUCUCUCUAACAUCAUUAAAAAGCAUAAAGAAAGAAAAAAAAAGAGACAAAAGAGGAAAAUGUUGUAUAGUAGAAGUAACAAAAGGAUGUGCAUUUGUUAAUAACGAUCGAAGAAAAGAGUAAUGUUAGUGACUAAAUUUUUAGAAAGUCUGUAUUUUAGCGAUAAAAUACACGAAACAUAAAUUGUAUCGUUCUUUUUUUUCUAAAUCAAAGGUAUGGAGCUCAAAUGGAAAACUCAUAUUUAAACAUACUUAACGCCAAGUUCGCUUUAGAAAAACAUGUGCCAUCAUUUUCAUAUACACCAUACAUAAAAUAAACAGGAUUAAAAAUUUUUAUAAAUCCUAUAUUUUUACCAUAUUCGUAAAAUGAGAAUGCAACACAUCUUUAAAUUGUGGUGCUUUAGUACGUCCUAUACUAAUAGAUUUUACAAGAUCCAGAAUAAAAAUUUAUACAUCUAAAUUAAGCUAAAUUAAAUCUAUAUAAGAAUGUGAGAUGGAUUGUAAAAAUUGAUGCGUUUGAAACUAUAAUAUUCUGAAAUAGAAUAUGAAAUAAGAAAAGAAUUGAUGUAUGGGAUACAAUCUAAAACUUAGAAACUUUAUAACAAGAAAUAUUCUAUAAUCGUGUUCAUAUGAUGUUUUAAUAAUGCCUCCAAACAAUAGUUUCUUACAUAUAUUAAAAGUGGUAUCAAAGUGCAAUAGCCCUGUCUCAUGUCAAAGAUACCAUAGCUGAUAGUUGUA